CUAUAUAACAAAUAAUUUGAGUAGAGUAAACAUGUCGAGCGACUUCAUUAAGAAACUUGAAGAUCAGUCUGAUGUUGUUUUGAGAAAAACCAAAGAUUAUCUCCCCUUUCUAUCAAGAUUAUGCCUUGUUGCAACAUUUCUUGAAGACGGAGUGAGAAUGUGGUACCAAUGGAAGGAGCAAAGCAACUACAUAAACCACCAUUGGAACUGUGGCGCCUUUAUUGCUAACUCCUUUGUUAUUUACAAUCUUCUUGGACAGAUCAUACCAUCAGGUUUGGUAUUAGCAAGAAAGUAUGUGAAGAUAUGUGUAGGAGUACUAUUUGGUGUUGUCCUCACACAAACUGUUGGUUAUGGAAUUCUCUUCGACGUCCGAUUUUUGCUCAGAAAUGUAGCACUAAUGGGUGGCCUUGUGUUACUGCUAGCAGAGGAUAUGGGUGAAGCUAAAACCAUGUUCGCUGGUGUUCCUACUAUGGGAGAGAAUAAGCCUCAGAACUACAUGCAACUAGCUGGAAGAGUGCUUAUUUGUCUUAUGUUCCUUACUUUGCUCGGCGAGAUGAGCUUUGAUAACUUCUUCACUGAGAUUGUCCGAGCUGUGGAGAUCAUUGUUGGACUUCCUCUGAUGAUAUGUGUCUGCAUUGGCUACAAAACGAAGCUAGCUAGCUGUGUUCUAGUUGUAUGGCUCUUCAUCAUCAAUCUCUAUCUCAACCCCUUCUGGAUGUACAACAAAAGUAGAGCUAUGCACGACUUCGUCAAAUAUGACUUCUUUCAGACGUUAUCAGUUAUUGGCGGUCUACUCUACGUCAUCACACUCGGUCCAGGUGGAGUCAGUUUUGAUGAGCACAAGAAAAACUGGUAGAGAGAAAAACUCCUGACGAUGAGGAUCUGGAUCUCAUUUCCUGCUAUUACUUACUGCUAAUUAUCGCUAAUUAGUAAUGAUUAUCGCUAAUUAGCAGGGAUUUCUAUUAAUUGUUGCUGGACAAUUUCGGGGGUUAAAUAAUUUAAAUUCUAAUUUCAUGAGCAGCUACUGGUCUGUCGACUAAUAUUUUAAAGGUAUUUGAAUGGAGCUUUUUAAGAUUUUUGAUGGUUUUAAAUUUUGUCACAAUAAGAAUAUGGAUUUAAAUAACCAACUGUAAGUUUAAUGAAGCGUCAUGUAGAUUAUCAGAAUUUCAAACUUUGAAUCCUGCCCUCAACAUCACUACUCACCACCACUACUCACUACUACUCACUACUCACUGCUCACUACUCUCGCAUUGUAAUGUAGAGAAUAACACUUGUACUGGUUUUCAAGCAGUCUGUUCCUUACCCUCAUUAACUAGCCAAGCACUUUCUCAACCUUUAAUUGAAGAAAACCUACAAAGUCACUAGUACUAAUUGCCUAGUUCAUACUCAGCUAACUCAUGUUAUGUAGUGCAGAUUUUCUCACGGUUGCUUCCGGACCUGAGAAACAAAUAAAUAAACAUCCUGAUAAAUUUGAUCCUCGGAAAUCAAGUCGAUUUCUGGGAUUGUAUUUAUAAUAAUAUCAGGCCAAUUAUAAAAUAUAGAUGCACUUACAUUUAAUUCACAUAAGGUAAGUCAUGUGUAAAGUGUUGUUUAUGUUUGUGUAAUUACUGUGUCUACACACUCUACUGUAAACAUUGCACAUCACUGCACCCUACCUAAUAGCACUGUAUAAUACCGCAGCAACAGACGUUAUUAUUAUGUAUGUACAACAGCAUGUUGUACUGUAGUAGUACAGGUUCACGGAUAAAACCACUUAGAAUAAAACUCACCCUGAUCACAUUCCAACGAAAUGAUUUUAACUAGCUUAUCCGUCAGAUAAACAGCUCACUCGCUGUACCCUAACUGCUAACGGCCCUUAAAUGUUCCCCCCAUCUAGCGACUAAGUGAGAAACUGUCUAGUGUCUAGUGUCCAGGUGCUAAAUACACGGCUUGUAGUCUCGUGGUAACUCUACACAAAGAAUAUACAUUUAAAUGUUCCAAGGGGUCUCACUUUGAUCUAAUUUGACUGUACAACAAAAGGCAGCCCCCCCCCCCCCCCUUAUAAUUUAUAUUUAUUGUUGUACAGAGCCCUUCAGUCUGAGAGUGGGUGCUGUUUGUAAAUUCUUUCUUAACGUUCAUGUAUCUUACUACAUGGUCAUGAUGUACAAUGUACACAAAGUAGUGAUCAUGUAACAUAAUCCAUCAAAUCGUUAUAAGUGUUGCAAUACCCAGGAAUGAGGAAUCAGACCAUUCUUUACAGUAAUUAGCAUUUAGCAUGUACAAUGUGUACCAUUUGUAGUAGGUUGACUGGUUGAGGGCACUCUAAUCUACAUAUCUAAUCUACAUAUCUAAUCUACAUCUCUAAUCUACAUAUCACUACAACCCACUUUCAUGUACCUCAGUCUACAGACUUCUUCAGAUAAAUACUAUAUUAUUUAAACAGCAACUUAUAAUGCCCAGUUAAAGUUAAAGGAAUAUAAAUUCUAAUAAAGAGGUAGCCUCGUGGUAAAUGGUCUGUAUUAUGUUGAGAGUAUUACACAGAUUAAGUAUAAUAUGUUAUAGAAUUCUUUCAAUUGUAUGAUAUUACAAAUUUCAACAUACUUUCUCGUUUA